UCGGAUUAGACACAUUCAAAAACAAAGGAAUUCGCCCUACAAAAAUUAAAGAAACUUCAAAACGAAGAGAAUUUUUGUAAAAGUUAAAAAAAUUAAAUUAAUCGAUUAAUACGAGUGAAAAAAAAAAUUGUAACCGUGUAAAACAAUCAUUUGUGUCGACCAUUUAUUUACAACUGACAAACUAGUUUAGUGCAACAAUGUCAAAGAAGCCAAGCACGGGUCCCAUAUCGCUUCAUAAAGUGAUUAUGGUCGGAUCGGGAGGUGUCGGUAAAAGUGCUCUCACGCUCCAAUUUAUGUAUGAUGAGUUUGUGGAAGAUUAUGAGCCGACUAAAGCUGACAGUUAUCGAAAGAAAGUGGUACUAGAUGGAGAGGAAGUACAAAUAGAUAUUCUCGAUACAGCGGGGCAAGAGGACUAUGCUGCCAUUCGUGACAAUUAUUUUCGGAGUGGUGAAGGAUUUCUUUGUGUAUUUUCUAUUACCGACGAUGAGAGCUUCCAAGCUACUCAGGAAUUUCGAGAACAAAUUUUGCGUGUGAAAAAUGACGAGAACAUCCCAUUUCUAUUAGUGGGCAACAAAUGCGAUUUGAAUGACAAAAGAAAGGUUCCAUUGUCUGAAUGUCAAGCAAGAGCACAACAAUGGGGCGGUGUUCCAUAUGUAGAAACGUCCGCAAAAACUCGCGAGAAUGUUGAUAAGGUGUUUUUCGAUUUAAUGCGUGAAAUUCGUUCAAGGAAAACAGAAGACUCAACAAAAGCGAGCGGUCGUGCAAAAGAUAAAUCAAAGCGAAGGAAGCUCAAAUGUACAUUACUAUAGAGCACAUUUAGCAAUAAUAGAAUUGCUAUAAAUGCCAUUUAAAAAAUGAGGAAAUGAUAUUUGUGUGUGUCUCGAUACAGUCUUUAACUAAUAAUGUAAAAGUGAACCGUUUCUCCUCCUUUUGUAAAUGAAUUACAUUUACAUCCAUUCUUAACAAAAAACAAAACAAACAAACAAACAAAAAUAAGAAAUGCCUCAAUAAUGAUGGUUCAAAUAUUAUUAUGGCACGACUAGCAAUUUUUCGUCAUGAAAAGUUUAAUAAAGAAGAAAAAAAAUCAACAAGUAUGUAGAAGCUUAUUUAUCUUUAAUUGAGAUAGUGAGAAAUUUUUUACAUAAUCAUUUCGUAUGGUCUGUGAAUU